GUGUCGAUACAAGUAAAGACGGUAUUGCGCGCCGUAAGUUAACGUGGUUAUGUUCCGACGUAAUUUGAAACAAAAUUUGAUGAUUUCCUAUAUUUAAUAAUACAAUAUUAUUGAAUUUCUGGAUUAUACGUAAUACUGAUAAAUUACCAGCAACGAUGAUAAAUCCGUGAAGAAUGCUAUAACGAUUACUGUGUCACCCAAAGGAGAAAUGACGAUAACUCCGAAUCAAGUGGCUCCUUGUUACAUAAAAACUACAGGUUCUACAAGCUGGGAGUUAUUAAAGUUAGGUUGCACUGUACCUAUUAACAUCGGAGACAUCUGCUGCCUUCUUCCAGACAAGUCUUGGAUUAAAAUUGUAGAAACGAUGGAAAGUGACUUCAGUCCUAAGCGGAAGGCAGCAGAACAGUCCGACGAGCAACCUCCAGAAAAAAAGGUCUGCCUUGAAUCAAGUACGGAAGCAAUAUUAAGUCCAAGCAAAGACUUGAACGAUGCACUUAGUAGCAAUACAAUAGAUUCGGUCAAGAAGGAUUUACAGAUAAAUAAUAACAAUGGGAUACAAAAGAGACCUAUGACGGAAUCAAUUAUGAAAGACAUAUAUGGUGCUAGCACACCAGAGGAAGGUGAAUUGAAAGGAACCGAGUCACUGCUAGGUACUACAAAAGAUACAGUCAGUAGUUUACAAUCUGAUAACAGUACCAAAGCAGAAACGAAGGAAGAUUCUCCCAAGAUAAUAAAUAAAGAAAAUAUUUGCAACGAAGACUGUGGAAAGAAAAUUAAAUGGGAUUGUGGUCAGCACUUCAGUGAUCAAACUAGUUCUGAUGCAAUACAAACCACUGUUCAACCUUCUGUAUCAAGUCCGAAACCCGAUACUGUAAACUUAAAUUCCAGUAAUUCGCCACCACCGAGGAAUAAAUGUACAUAUGGGAGUAGAUGCUACAGGAGAAAUAGCGAUCAUAGAACUAUGUUUAGCCAUCCUGGUGAUGCAGACUAUGACGUUCCUGAUAACAGACCAGAGUGUCGAUUUGGAAUACGAUGUUACCGUAAAAAUCCCCAACACAGAAAGGAAUUUAAGCAUACAGUACGAAGUCGUGGCCGUGCUCCAACACCUAUUAGAGCCAAAACUCCAGAUACUUCUGGGACGGAUCCAUCUUCUGCCGAAGAAUCGAUAGAUGAAUCAGAAUAUGAUCCAUCCUGUUGCUCUGAGAGUGCCGAAGACAUCGAUAGCGAAUGGGAGGAUAAAUAAGCAUGUUUAAUGGUUCCGCCAGACUUCACGAAGCAUGUACCAAUGUUCUAUACUUGAUAUGAAAUAUUUAUUUUGUAUUUCAACUGUUGUCACAUUUAUAUUACAGAUAGAAAAUAAUAAAA